AUGGAUCUUAUUGAAGCAAAGGAGUUGCUUUGCUUGGACCUCGUUACUACUGCUGGUUGUCCUACUGCUGUAGAAGCCACUGUGGCUUGCUGCGACCAGGAACUAGAGUUCAACUGGAACUGA